AAAUGACAAGACAACAAACAAACACAUUGGAGAAGGCGUGAAGCUUCGAGUCCAGCACUGCAGAGGACAGCACAUCACAACACACUCUCACUCCCCAAAAUCCCCAAUUCUCCGAUUCCCAAAACCCUAGCACACACAAAAACACCAUCAUCACCAUCUUCAUCACUUAAAAUCUCCAAUUCAUGGCGUCGUCGAAGUUGAUGCCGUCAACAAAUUCUAGAAACCCCGAUCCUCCACUACCUCUCCAACGACAACCAUCCACUUCCCCAAAACCCCAACAAUUCACUACCACCAACUUCAUCCCAAUGCCCGAAGAUGCCACCCUCCUUGAUGCUCAAAUUUCCCUCUUCGAAGCCCCUUCCCCCGCCCCUGCCUCAGCCAAAACCGUCGACGACUUGUGGCGGGAGAUCGUCGCCGGAGAACGGCGCGAGUGCAAGGAGGAAGCUCCCGAAGAGAUGAUGACGCUCGAGGACUUCCUUGCCAAGGCUGGCGCCGUUGACGACGUCACUGACGUUGUCCCCAUCGACGAGGAGGUGAAGAUGCCGAUGGCGCUGACGGAUAGGCUGGGCAGCGGUGGCGGCAUGUUCGCGUUUGAUCCACUGCCGACGACGCCGUUUCAAGGGAUGGAGAACAUGGAAGGGUCGGUGAUAGGGUUCGGGAAUGGGGUGGAAGUGGUUGAAGGUGGCGUUGGCGGAGGAGGGGGAGGAGGGAGAGGGAAGAGGGGGCGCCCCGUUUUGGAGCAGCAGCUCGAUAAGGCUGCUCAGCAGAGGCAGCGGAGAAUGAUCAAGAACAGAGAAUCUGCUGCUAGGUCUAGAGAACGAAAGCAAGCUUAUCAAGUUGAGCUGGAAUCAUUGGCGGUGAAGCUAGAGGAGGAAAAUGACAAGCUAAUGAAGGAAAAGCUUAUGGAAAAAGUAAUUCCUGUUGUGGAGAAGCGAAGGCCACCACGAUUUCUACGUCGUGUUCGCUCCUUGCAAUGGUAGACCAUGUUUCUCAGUGGUCCAGGAUGGAAAUUGAAGAUUCACAGCAGCAUAUGUGAAUCAUGUGAUGAGGGAAAUAUGGAUAUGAGCACACUAGCACUGUAAUCAUUGUUGUUUCUGAAAUCAAAGGUCCCAGUCUAAUUAUUAAUCUAGAGGGCAGUGGUGAAUGGGGGUUAAAUUAUGUGAAAAGAGAAUGGGAAUUGCUACCUGAGUGAUGAAGGGAAAUUCCUUGUUACAUAAGAAGCAGCUUUUGUUUUUCCUAGUAGAUAAAAGCAGAAGUGGUGGAGGUUGGUUAUUUAGUUUAGAUUCGAAGUAGGCACCCUGAUCUUUCCUCUAGUGAAAUGUGUUGUAUUACUGGUAGAGCAGAGGUGAUUUUUAGACGUAUAUAAUGUAGUUAUGGAUUAGACAGAUAUAUUUCGACUCUAAAGAAUGCAUAUAGAAAUUGUUUGUAUGAUC